GGGGGCAUCAGGGCGUAGCGGAAGGUCGGAGCAAGAGUUCGCAGCACCAACCUUACGUUCAGGUCUUGAAAUCAGUUAGGAUGGUACUGCUCCUGGCAGGCAUCGCCUUCACGGUCUUCGUUGCAGUGAGGAGGGUCUACAAGUUCCUCUUCGGAUCGAACAAGCAGUAUGACAAGGGCUACAAAGAGCAGUGGUUCGGAAGGGAACCCGAACCAGACGAUAAAUCCUCACAAGAUAAAACCAUCCAUCCUUUCAAGAUUAAUGUUCCCGACGAGGUGCUGACUGACUUGAAAGAACGGCUGGAACGAACUCGGUUGGAAGACCCUGUUGAGGAAUCUCGCUUCUUGUAUGGUUUCAAUCCAAACACGAUGCGCGAUAUCGUUGCAUACUGGAAGAAAGAUUAUCAGUGGCGGAAGCACGAGGAGGAGUUGAACCAAUUCCCACAUUUCAAGACCCGAAUCGAAGGAAUUGAUGUGCAUUUCAUCCAUGUAAAGCCCAGCGUCUCUGAUGGGAUAAAAAUCAUUCCCCUGAUGAUGAUUCAUGGUUGGCCUGGAUCCAUUGUUGAGUUUGUCAAAAUCAUCCCUAUCCUCACCACUCCCCGUCCAGACAGAGAUUUCGUGUUUGAACUCAUAUGUCCAUCCAUUCCUGGAUAUGGAUUUUCCGAAUCUGCUCACCGAUCAGGAUGCAAUGGUCGUGCUGUCGCAAGGAUGUUCGUCACAUUGAUGGAACGUUUAGGACACAACAAGUUUUACGUACAAGGAGGUGAUUGGGGCUCUUACAUUUCCACUCUAAUCGCACGCUAUUAUGCACCCAGGGUUAAAGGGCUGCAUGUCAAUAUGUUCUUCGUGAAUCCGAGAACGUUGUGGGAAAGAGUUAAAGUAUUCUUAGUCGCCAUGUUCCCAUUCCUUGUUCCUGAAGCAGAAUAUAAGAUGUUUUUCCCUCUUAAGAAGAGAGUUAAGGAACUCUUGGAAGAAUCCGCCUACUUUCACAUGAAUUCUACAAAACCUGACACUGUCGGUUGCGGUAUGGCAGACAGUCCUGCUGGUAUGGCUGGAUACCUGUUAGAGAAAAUCCCCGUAUGCACAAACCCAGAAUAUUUGAAUCUUCCGGACGGUGGCAUCACCAAGAAGUUUACGCUGGACCAAUUAUUGACAAAUGUCAUGGUCUACUGGGUGAAUAACAACGCAACUGCAGCUGCAAGGUUCUACAAAGAGAACAUGAACGAUGUAAUGAGAGGAAAGCACGAGAGAUACCCCGUUACUGUUCCGUCUGCAGUGGCUGUCUUCCCAUACGAAGUUCUUAUGAUGCCUCGGCUUCUGAUGACGCAACAGUUCCAGAACAUGAUAUCCUACAAUCUCAUGCCCAAGGGUGGCCACUUUGCUGCUUGGGAAGAACCAGAACUCCUAUCAAAUGAUGUCUAUCAAUUUGUUUCUAAAGCUGAAAAAAUUGUUUAGAUUCCGUUAAAACGUUUCACGAAUCAUUGUGAAAUGAGAUGAAGCUAAGCUAAAUGUGACAGAAGUCAAAAGGGAGAUAUUUACGUUUGUAACAUUAAAAGGCAAAAGGUAUUGGAAAUAUUUAAUAAGCUUCAUUAAAAGCCUUUGCACAAUUUCUUGUGGGAACCGUUCAAUUUCUUGCGUUGAAGUUCGGGUAGAAUUCUAAACUAAAUUUUAAACUUAAAAAUCAGUAAUAUUGAAACUAAUGAUAUAAAUAUCAAAUGGUAUUACAAGUACUGUUUAAUCUAUCCUGUGCGUUUUUUCAUAUUUUCCGGAUCAAUGUAUCUAGCGUCCUUUGGAAAAAACAACUUCGAUCAAGAAAAUAUUAAAUUGUUUAUUCAUAUAUUUUUACACUACUUA